AUGGAUCAAGAGGGAAUCAAUGUGGGUGGGGGCAAUGAAAAGGAUUUGGAGUUGGAGAUUAUAAAUCAGGAGGGUAUGGAUACAGAGGGAAUCAUUGAAGAGGGUAUGGGUAUAGAGGGCAUAGGUGAGGAGGUCAAGGAACAAGAAGGUAAGGAUCAAAAGAGCAUAAAUCAGGAGGGAAUCAAUGCGAAUGGCAUGAAUCAGGAUAGAAUGGGUGUACAAGGGAUGGAUCAGGAGGGAAUCAAUGAGAAUGACAUGGAUGUACAGGAGAUAGAGCAGGAAGGCCUGGUUAUGGAGGACAUGGCAGGAGGCCAAAACUGA